CGUUGGUUUCACCACCACCGUUCACUGCCUCCACUCUCCACUCUUUUCUCUCCCUCCACUUUCAAUCCUCCAAACGACGUCGUAGCCGAAGGCGGGCCGAAACCAAAAAUCCGCAAAAGAGAGAAGCCAUCUUGGGUUCCAUCCAACAACUCCACAAUUCUGCAGAUUUAUCAUCUAUUUCUAUAAAUUCUCUGUAAAAAAAGAGAAAAAUUUUUAAUUGUUAAAAAUGAGCUCCGAUUCGGCUGUGCCGUCUCCCGGUUCUGUUCAUGGCGGCAGCCUCGAUGAGCAGAUUUCUCAGCUUAUGCAGUGCAAGCCCUUGUCCGAACAAGAGGUGAGACUGCUAUGUGAGAAGGCCAAGGAGAUCUUAAUGGAUGAGAGCAAUGUUCAACCUGUGAAGAGUCCUGUGACCAUAUGUGGUGACAUUCAUGGACAAUUCCACGAUCUUGCUGAGCUUUUCCGUAUUGGUGGCAAGUGUCCAGAUACAAAUUAUUUGUUUAUGGGAGAUUAUGUAGAUCGUGGGUAUUAUUCAGUUGAAACUGUAACUCUUCUGGUAUCCCUCAAAGUGCGUUACCCUCAACGAAUUACUAUUCUAAGAGGAAAUCAUGAGAGUCGACAGAUUACUCAAGUAUAUGGGUUUUAUGAUGAAUGCCUAAGGAAAUAUGGCAAUGCAAAUGUCUGGAAGAUUUUUACUGAUCUAUUUGACUACUUUCCACUCACUGCGCUGGUUGAGUCAGAAAUUUUCUGUCUGCAUGGAGGGUUGUCUCCGUCAGUUGAAACUCUAGACAACAUACGAAAUUUUGAUCGUGUACAAGAAGUUCCUCACGAGGGACCCAUGUGUGAUCUUUUGUGGUCUGACCCUGAUGACCGUUGUGGUUGGGGCAUUUCACCCCGCGGUGCUGGAUAUACAUUUGGCCAAGACAUAUCAGAGCAAUUUAAUCACACCAACAAUUUAAAGCUUAUUGCUAGGGCACAUCAGUUGGUUAUGGAAGGAUUCAAUUGGGCUCAUGAUCAAAAAGUUGUUACCAUAUUUAGCGCACCAAAUUAUUGCUAUCGCUGUGGAAACAUGGCAUCCAUCCUGGAAGUGGAUGACUGCAAAGGCCACACAUUUAUUCAGUUUGAGCCUGCUCCUCGGAGAGGAGAGCCAGAUGUAACUAGGAGAACACCAGAUUACUUUUUAUGAUGAAGCUGCAUAUGCUAUGGUUCAGUGACUGUGUUACAGAAGGUCUGUGCUUGCUGCUUUGUGCAUCAAGAGCUGUUUCUGAGAUUUGUUAUCAUAUGUUUCAAACGAGGUGGGUUGGCAGAAAGAAUUUACAGAAGGGCAGAUGAUGCUACUCUCUUGCAGUUGCUAUCCUGAAACUGUACGCAGAUACAGCAAAACGAGGUGUAGGAUCUGGGACACUUACUGCUGCUUAUGUACCAUUUCAUGGAAUUGAUGCGGCAUCAAUUUUUUCGUAUAUCAAUCUUUCAUCCUCCCUUUUUACACGUCCUUUAGUUAUCUAAGCGAGUCCAUUCUGUUCUUACAUUUUCCUUCACUUUUGUAGGACAAUUUCUAGUUCGUUCUUAUUGUAUUCCCUUGUAGAAGGGCAUACUCUCACUUGGGAUGGGGUUUUUGUGGAGGAAAGAUGGUCUGUUAUUAGGCUUCUUUCGGAUGUUUUCAGUGGAUGUUCUGCUAUUGUUUCUGGCCCCUAAGUGGGAUGGGUUUGCCUCAUUAUGGAUUCAUUAAACGUCCAUUAUAGCCAUCUUAACACAGUUAACAUCGGUAUUUCUGUUCAGUCUGACGUUUGUCUGAUUUGCUUGAUGGUAUUAGUGGCCAACCAAAAACAAUUGCAGGUUGAUGGAUCAAGUUAAAUGACUUGUGCUAAUGACUAUCUAUAGGGCAUCUUAUGUUUUUGAUUAUUGGAAAUCUAGUUUUGCGA